AUGAAGGGCCGCAACACGACCCGCCAGUUGGCUCUGGACCGUGGAGAUGUUGUGUGCGACGUUGAUGAGUCGUGCAACUGGUACACGGCCCCCGGUCCCCAAGCCCAGGACGCUGUCAAGGUCCACAAGCACCUCCACAGCGGCGGCUGUGUCUUUCCUGCGUGCUCGCACAACCCCAGCGUGCGCACGUACGGAAACGAAAACAAGGACCACGAGAAGAAGAUCCACGGCGGCAGGAGGCCUACCAAGUGCCCCGUGUCGGACAACUGUGACAUCUCCAACCUCCAAGGCAAGACCCUCGCCGACGACCGCAAGGCCAUCCGCAAGCACGCUCUCCGUGUCCACAUCGAGUGCGCGCAAUAUGGCGCGGUCUUGGCGGUCCAGCCGAUGCUCGAGCACCAGCGCACCGCGCACAAGGUGGGACACGCCAAUGUCUCAAAGACCAUCAACGGCUGCGUUCACGGUUGCCCAUACACCUCGACCGUUGCCAUUGCUGCCGAGGAACACAACAAGAAGGCGCACAUUCCAUGCGGCUAUAUGGGGGCUGCAAGGACAUCAUCUGGCGGCAAGUUUGGCGAGUUUGAGCGCGCAGUCCUCCGCGACGUUCUCGGCAACGGUACCACGCCCGCAACCGUCUCGAGAAUCAUCAAGGCUCUGUCACACCGCUGGGAAACGGUCGACGUUGUCAAGUCUCGUAUCGCCCUUGACGAGCACCUUAGGACCAUGAGCAAGGGCGGCAAGAUGGACCUGUCGCAUUACAAGCAGUGA